AUGUCGAUCUUCAAACUUCAUCGCUGGGUGGUGAAGAGCAUUGACAAGAUCAGGAGGGAUUUCUUGUGGUCAAGUCCGGAGUCCCAGCAGCGGAAAAUUAGGUUGGUUAACUGGAAUCGACUAUGUCGAUCUAGGGACCAGGGAGGGUGGAACAUCCAUAACAUCGAAACUUUCAAUAUGGCUCUCCUGGGGAAAUGGUGGUGGAAGAUCCUCUCGGGCAAUAGGUGGUGCGGGGAUGCUAUCUUCAUAAAAAAAUUAUUUCAGAGGGACGCCCAUCGAAUCUUUUUCAUAAGCACAGGGCGUAAACUCUUUCCUCAGAGAACAAGAUCCCGCAAUCGCUACCCGCCGUGGAUUAAUGUUGUUUCUUCCGUGGGUGAUGGGGCUACCACCCUUUUCUGGCUUGACAACUGGGUUGAGGGUCGCGCUCCUGCGGACAUUUGGCCCCACCUUUACCGGUCUGCUAGCAAUAAAGAGGGUACAGUGAGAGAGCUUGUUGAGGAGUUGGGAGGGACUCCGCUGGGGGAUUCCCCUAUAAUUAGAAGGGUUUUCGACAACCUCAGAUCUUCUUUACCCUUGGCUGAUGAUCGAAGGCUCUGGCGAUUAACCUCGAAUGGAACCUUCACUAUCAAAUCCUUUUACAGCUUCCUGAAUGAUAGAGGUCUUCGGUGUUGCUGGACUCCUAUCAUUCUCAAGAGUUGUUGUCCCAAGAAGGUUAACCUGUUCAACUGGUUAGCUUGGGAUGAUAAGAUUUUGACUUUGGAAAAGUUAGCAUUGAGGCGUUGCAAUCCUUUCCCAACUCCUACUUGUGUGAUGUGCCAUGCUGAUGUGGAAUCUUCACAACAUUUAUUUACACAUUGCCCUGUGGCAGUGCACAUUUGGAGGUUCUUCGGACAGCUCUUCGAGGUCCGAGGGAGCCCGAACUCCUUGAAAGAUUUAUGGGGGAACUGGCUUCCAGAUUCCAAGAGAGCUAAACUUGAUGAGCCUUUGAAGACGGUCAAGCGGAGCCUAGAGUUCCUCACUUCUAGGGACAUGGAGUGUGUCCCCUCGGUGCCUCCUUCCCCCCUGGUGCUGCUUAGCUUCUGA